AUGCUGCGCUCGGCGCUGAGGCGACAACCCCUCAGGCGCCGGCGGCCACCCAUCAGCCUACCGCUGCUCAGAGCGUCUUCCUCAAACGCCGCGACCGCGCGGGACGCCCAGCUCGAAGAAGCCACAAAAUUCGUCAUACAAGUCGGCGCCGUGCGAGAGGGCAAGACUUAUUCCCAGGACGUGGCGGAGGGCGUCGUCGCAGCAUUAGCGGACCCCUCGUCAGGAGUACCGUUAUCAGCCCUCCUCCCGACCUUAAAACAGCUCGCCGGCGCCUACGAGAUCGGCGAGGACAACGGGUUAGAUGCGUUAGCGGCAGCUGUGGAAAAAGAGGUAAACGAACGCGCGGGAAAACAGCUCGUCCACUGCUCGGUCAAAGCUGGAAGUGCAUCCUUCGACGUGAGCGCCUACGAGGGCACGUCGCUCUACGACGUCGUUCGAAGAGGUGAAGACGACGGCGCGCGCGCUUUACAGAGUUAUCUCGAGUGCGCGUGCUCCGGCGUCAUGGCCUGCAGCACGUGCCACGUCUACGUCGCUCCCGAGUGGUUCUCGAGGGUCGGCGAGCCCUGCGAGGCGGAAUUAGAUAUGCUGGACCUGGCGCACGAGCCGCGCGAGAACUCGAGGUUGGGGUGCCAGCUGGUGUUCACGCCCGACUUGGACGGGCUGGAGCUGGAAGUGCCGGACGGGGCGAACAAUUUGAUGGACCACAUUCCCUUUGAAGAUCGGGGGUGACGACGCUUGUGUAAAGUUUCUUGUUUGUGAUCGCGGUCGCGGCGUCGCGGCGGCACCAGGUCGCGGCGGUCGCUUCGACGAGGCGUCGGGACGCGUGCCAGGCUCUCGCCGCACGUAUCGACGGCGGGCGUCGAGACCUGAGUUUGAUGCCAGCAUGCAGGUCAUCGAGUUUGAGGCCGCUAAACGCGUGGAUUUUCGCAUCGAUAAUGGCGCUCUCCAGGGCGAUGAGGGUCCUGACGUGCCUCGCACUCGCGUCAGGCUUCGCGCCGCCGGCGCCGGUCGCCGUGAGGCGACAAACUAAGCAAUUGAUGAAAAAGCCCUCGCCGGUAGCAAGCGGCGUCCGGUAGUAAGCCGUCGCGGCGAUGGCGUCGCGGCGGGAGUAGUUCUCAGCACGCCGUCGCGGCGACGCAUCGAUCGAAGGACGCUUUGAAAAGACGCGCCACCCGCGCAGGCCCUCGAGACGGGUCCCCUGCCGGGCCUCUCGGAGACGAACUACAAGGUCCUCGCCGGCGUGACCGCGCUAGGCGUGGCGGCGCCGGCGCUCCUCUUCGUGAGCAACGUCGUCCUGCCGGAGAUGACCAAGUGCAAGCCCGUGCAUACGCCCUCGUGCCCUUCGGCGCAGACGGGGUCCAGUCGAAGGCGCUGA